AUGAGGAAGCUAGUCUCCUCGCGCCUGGCGGCGCUGUCGCCGCCGGAGGUGGCGUCGGCCGCGGCCGCGGCGGGAGGGGCCGCGCUGGCGCUGCGGGGCUGGUGGGAGGAGGUGAACGACUCGCCGGCGUGGAAGGACGGGGCCUUCUUCUCCCUCUCCAACGCCUACGCCCUCGUGUCCGCUGUCGCCCUGAUUCAAUUAAUCAGAAUUCAGUUGCGGGUGCCGGAAAUUGGUUGGACCACACAAAAGGUUUUUCAUCUCAUGAAUUUCAUUGUGAACGGAGUUCGUUCUAUUAUAUUUGGAUUUCAUGCAUAUGUGUUCCUUCUUCAAAGAAAGGUGUAUACUUUAGUGCUGUUAGAUCUUCCUGGUCUCUUGUUUUUCUCGACCUACACAUUGCUUGUGCUAUUCUGGGCAGAGAUAUACCAUCAGGCUAAUCAUCUUCCCACUGACAAGCUAAGGACUAUAUACAUUGCAGUUAAUAGUGUCAUAUAUGUAAUUCAGGUUUGUAUUUGGGUAUACCUUGGAAUAAAUGACAAUCCUCUCGUGGAGCUUGUGAGCAAAGUAUUCAUAUCAGCUGUCUCAUUUAUAGCUCUUCUAGGAUUCUUAAUUUAUGGUGGAAGGUUAUUUGUCAUGCUGAGACACUUCCCAAUUGAAUCAAAGGGGCGGAGAAAGAAGCUGAUUGAGGUUGGGGCCGUGACAGAAAUUUGCUUUACCUGCUUCUUGAUUAGAUGCGUUGUGAUGGCAUUUUUAUCAUUUGAUCCCGAUCUAUCUCUUGAGGUUUUGGAUCAUCCAGUUUUGGAUUUCUUCUACUACAUGUUGACAGAGAUACUGCCCUCUGCCCUUGUACUAUUCGUCCUGCGGAAACUUCCUCCCAAGCGUGUAUCAGCGCAAUACAACUCUAUUCGUUAG